AGCGGAGGAGGACCGGCGCGCGGGGCCCGGGAGGCAGGCGGCCCGGAGCCGCCGCGGCCCGGGGCUCGCCAUGCUCCUGGCCUCGGCGGUGGUGGUCUGGGAAUGGCUGAACGAGCACGGCCGCUGGCGUCCCUACAGCCCGGCCGUGAGCCACCACAUCGAGGCGGUGGUCCGCGCCGGCCCCCGCGCCGGGGGCAGCGUGGUGCUGGGCCAGGUGGACAGCCGUCUCGCGCCCUACAUCAUCGACCUGCAGUCCAUGAACCAGUUCCGCCAGGAUACCGGGACGCUGCGCCCAGUUCGCCGCAACUACUACGACCCGUCCUCGGCUCCCGGGAAGGGCGUGGUGUGGGAGUGGGAGAAUGACAACGGCUCUUGGACGCCCUACGACAUGGAAGUGGGCAUCACCAUCCAGCACGCCUAUGAGAAGCAGCAUCCCUGGAUCGACCUCACCUCGGUCGGCUUCAGCUACGUCAUCGACUUCAGCACCAUGGGCCAGAUCAACCGGCAGACGCAGCGCCAACGCCGUGUGCGCCGGCGCCUGGAUCUCGUCUACCCCAUGGUCACGGGCGCACUGCCCAAGGCCCAGUCCUGGCCCGCCAGCCCCGCGACGGCCACCUCGCCCGCGGCCCCGCCCUGCUCCUGCCCACAGUGCGUCCUGGUGAUGAGCGUCAAGGCAGCCGUGGCCACUGGGGGGAGCGCCGGGCCGCUGCAGCCCCCCGCGGCCCGCAAGAACGUGCCCCCAUCUGGAGCGGUCAGGCUGCCCCCUGCACCAGGCCCCGUGGCCAAGCCUCUGGACAGCACCAUCCGAGGCCCGGUGAAGCCUGUCCAGUCACAGGUGAUCCGGCGACAGGCGUCCACCGCGCCGGCAGGGGUGACCGUGGGCUCUCCAGCCAGUCCCUCCGGAGCCAACGGCAAGACGGGAAGGGUGGCCCUGGCCACCUUAAAUCGGACCAACCUGCAGCGACUGGCCAUCGCCCAGUCCCGGGUGCUGAUCGCCUCUGGGGUCCCCACUGUGCCCGUGAAGAACCUCAACGGGUCCAGUCCUGUUAACCCUGCCCUGGCAGGGAUCACCGGGAUUCUCAUGAGCGCAGCAGGGCUGCCCGUGUGCCUCACCAGGCCGCCCAAGCUGGUCCUCCACCCUCCCCCGGUCAGCAAGAGCGAAAUCAAAUCCAUCCCGGGGGUUUCCAACACGAGCCGCAAGACCACCAAAAAGCAGGCCAAGAAAGGUAAAACCCCAGAAGAAGUGCUCAAGAAGUAUCUGCAGAAAGUCCGGCACCCGCCAGAUGAGGACUGCACCAUCUGUAUGGAGCGCCUCACGGCCCCCUCGGGUUACAAGGGCCUGCAGCCAACGGUCAAGCCUGACCUGGUGGGAAAGCUGUCCAGAUGCGGCCACAUCUACCACAUCUACUGUCUGGUCGCCAUGUACAACAAUGGCAACAAGGACGGAAGUUUGCAGUGUCCAACCUGUAAGACCAUAUAUGGUGUGAAGACAGGCACCCAGCCUCCGGGGAAGAUGGAGUACCACCUCAUCCCUCACUCCCUGCCUGGCCACCCCGACUGCAAAACCAUCCGGAUCAUCUACAGCAUCCCUCCUGGCAUUCAGGGGCCAGAGCACCCGAAUCCUGGGAAGAGUUUCAGCGCCCGUGGCUUUCCAAGACACUGUUACCUUCCAGACAGCGAGAAAGGGAGAAAGGUGCUGAAGCUGCUGCUCGUGGCCUGGGAUCGCCGCCUCAUCUUUGCCAUCGGCACAUCCAGCACCACGGGCGAGUCAGACACCGUCAUCUGGAACGAGGUCCACCAUAAGACGGAGUUCGGCUCUAAUCUCACGGGUCAUGGCUACCCAGACGCCAAUUACCUGGAUAACGUGCUGGCUGAACUGGCUGCCCAGGGCAUUUCCGAAGACAGCACUACCCAGGAGAAGGACUGAGCUGGAGGGUCUUUGAGCCAGGAGGGGCCGUGGGGACCACAGGCAGGAAGUGGGAGAAUCGAGGUGGAAGUUGGUGGUACGUCCUCCCAGCUCCCUCAUCUCCCCCUGUGUCCUGUCCCUAUCUCCCAUCCCUCCCGGCCACAGGGGGGGAGGGAGAUUGAAUAAGGUGACAUCAUUCAUAAACUUCAUCCACCACAAAGGGGACAUGGGAUGAGGGCCAUCCUCAGUCUGUUCCCAUGGAGUUUUCGGUGCUGGGUAGGCAAGAACCCCCACCCCGACCCCCCUCAGUAGGGGGCAUGGUCAGCACACCUAGGGUAUGGACAGUGCACAGGCACUCCAUACCCUGGCCUUGUGAAGCCUGAGGUUCAAUGCCUCAGCUGGCUUCUUGCUGCUUCCACUCUGCUUUGAGAGCGGAGUUUCUGCUUUUCUCUCCUCCUCCGGAGGCGAGGAGCUCUCACUGUGCAAGAUUGGGGGGCAAAGGGGUGAACCGCUAAACUGUUGUGACAUCAGAUACCGAUGCCUCGGUGUGCAGCGAGGAAGCGCUUCUCACCAAGAGUGUCCGAGAGGCAAAGGCUUCUGGGAGCACCCUCCGCUCUCAUAACGGCCCUUGGCCUCUCUGGGCCCUCCCUCCUCACAUCUUCGACCUGUCCAAAGAGGCAUCUGGGUCUUUUGUGUGGAUGGACGGACUCUGGGACUCCUCCCCGGGUUGGCCUCUCAUGACGCGUCCAGCCCCUCUCUGAUCAGACCAGAGUCGGCAUGCCACUUAGCGUCUGAAUCGUCCUCAGGGAGAGGAGCCCAUAGCCUUCUUCCCAACUCAUCCCAGACCAGCUCAAAGAUUCCAUGAGUUCCAUCAAGUCACUGUGAGUAGAGCCCACGCCGGGCUCUGUGCCAUCUACGUAUGCGCAUGUGUGUGUGCGUGUGUGCGUGUGUGUGCACCCCUGGGCCAGGUUGGUGGACAGUCCCACCCUGUCGUCCUUUUUUGUUUUUUUCAAACUCUCAAACUCCAGCUCUGAGGGGGAUCAAACAGUCAGGCCGCGGUUCCUUGACUUUCUUCACCCUUUGCCAACCCAUUCCUACAGUAAACUUGGACCCGGAUGGUAACAAUCUUGGAUCUUGCUAGAUGCCCCAGGGAACAGUGCUUGGGGAGAUGUGUCAGGUGAGGGCUGGACUGACCCCUUUUUAGAUCUCUUUCAAGAUUGGAUCUAAAACCAGUCCAUCCAGUCUUGUUUCCAUGAAGCUUCGAUCUGUCCCCAUGCACACUUGCUAAUCCGAGCCCCUCAUCUCUUGCAGAUGUAUCUGGAGCGCGGAGGGAGAAUCUUAGCUCAUCCCUAACAGGCGUGGGACCACGUCAUGGUCCAGUCCAGCCUGCAUUUGGGUUCUGACCCAAGACUCUGCCCCCUCCCCAACAUUCCUCUUGCUUUUUGCUUCCCUUCAGGAAUGAAUUGGGGGUCAGGGAGGAGAGAAGGGGGAUAUCAAGAAAGGAAACCCAGUUCCCCCUUGGAAAGUGGGUUCUUUGAACUAUGUGUUUGGGGGAAGUUCCUCUGGAUACUAAUUUGAAUUUAUAUACCUCAUGUUUUGGGGGUUUGACGUAUAUAUAUCCAUAUAUAUUUCAUAAUAUUUGGAAGGUUUUUGAUGCUAGAAAAAUGGAAACAAAGGAACCUUCAGAAACGGUACUUAUGUUAGAAUCUGAAGCCAGGCUUUCCCAAGAACUGGCUGCAUAACCCCUUGCUGUUUGCUAUAGCCAUUUUGGCAUUGGUGUGGCCAGUGGAUUCACCCAAGUGUCACCAGUUCCUUGGGAGGUGCUGGCGCUGACCCUUUCCUUGUUCUCUGAAUGGCUGUCAGGUUGCUGACUGGCCCCAGCAGAGGGAGCUCUGACAGGAAAAAUCGUCCCUGACAUCUCCGUUCCCAUCUCUUGGGUCAGCUGGCCACCAUCUUCGCUCACCAGCGGACCAGGAGAUUGGGCCCGAGUCCACUGCACCGCAGGGCACAGUUUCCUGCCCAUCGGGAGGAAAUUCUUGAAGUCGAUGGAAGAGACAUGGCAGUGGCGUUUGAUAUCACACCCCUUGCCCUUUGCCAGGCCGCCCUGUUCCAGAGGUCAUGGAAGAGCCUCACUGUGUACCUAGUACCAUCUCUAGCCUUCAGCACCCAGGUCAAGUGUCUGUUGCUGAGCUUCUCACCCACAGGAAACAGAUCAAGGGUCAGUGGGUAGAAACACACAACUGUGGAGCAGGAGGUGGGGAAAGAAGGAAAAUAAGCUGUGGCAACCGGCCAUGGGCAGCCGGGGGAGGCUGAUUUCCUUGCACUGGCCAGAAGGUAGGGGCAGGGAAGGGGACAGCCAAGACAAGAAGGAAGGAGCUUCAGAAUGGGUAAGGCUAGCCAGGGGUAAUUCCCCUUCAGGGGCAAGUCUUCAUGCCUCCAAGACCUCCCCCUAGGAUGCUGACCGUGACUAUAGCUGCCUUCUUUUCCUCCCCGAGGAUACUCAGUAGGAGCAACCUCCUCGUGCUGCCCUUCUGUGGGACUUUCUGGGCAGAAGGAUCUGGAAUUUUAACACUGUGCCAGGCAAGGCAAGAGAUGGGGGUGGUAGGGAGACGGGGGAGGCAGCCUUCGCCCUUUGUGCCAGCCUAGAAAGGCAAGGUCUCGGAGGAGGUGAGCACCCCGCCAGCAGAGAUCCUGAGCACCCACCCCUGGGACACGGGACAUUUCCCCAGCAGCGUUGUUCCCGCUCUGUUUGCUGGGCUGCACAGAGCACCCCAUGCCCUGCCUGGCAUGGCCAGACCACCAGCUGCCCGGUUUCUCCCUUCCUGAGUCUCUGGGGAGGACAAAUGGGAUUGCAGACAAACUCUGUCAGAUGCCCAUCCCUUCGAGGUUAAUUGUGUAUAUGUGGUUGUGCGUGCCUUUGUGUUUCAUACCCUUCCCUGCCCGACACCCCCCCCCCCCCCGCCACCGUUUUGUAGAACUUGGACCUUCUCUGUGGUUUUAUACUUGGUCAAAAGUACGCGUCCUGGUAUUGCACUGUUGUGUGCAUGAGAGGGGAGGGGGAGGCCCCACGUGGUACAGGAAGGGGUCCCGACCCCUCCCUUGUCCGUGGUCACUGGCAUUUAAGAGGGGGUUUUCUGGGAGAGGGGAGGUGAAUGUCAGAACGUAAAUCCCUGUAACCGGUGUGUCGUGAAGUCCUUUGGUGUUGCUCUGUGGGAGGACAUCGCCACCUGGUGCUCAUGAGGUGUAUGUGCAGAACAAUAAAUGGCAAAUGAACAACGACA